ACUUGGUGCAUUUGGUUGUUGUAAACCGAGGUAGAAUAAUGGUUAAGCAGCUAGGAAAGGAUUUGGAUGGGUUCAUUGGGGUGUAUGUAGUUUUGUGUCACGAGGGUGCUUGUUGCGUUGUGUAGUAAAGGUGGGGAGGUAGCACUUAGGUCUUGCUGCCGUCUGUUUACCUAGCCAACUGAAUUUGCAACACCAGCAUAGACACAUUAGGAUGUCCAUGAAGCAAGUUCAUCGGGCCUGAGCAUGGACCGCCGACAAUGCUAGGGCUACCAUGGGCAGCGUCACACUGCGCUACUUCUGCUAUGGUUGCCUCUUCACCUCUGUGACCUGGUCCGUCCUGCUCUUCCUCUACUUCACCCUGAGCCAGGACGGCGGCCGGCCCUCCUUCAGGAAUGUGCCCAUCCAGGGGCCACAGGCCAAACGCUUCCAAUCGCGCUUCACCAGGAGCCCUGGAGGAGGCCAAGAGCAAGGCAUCAAGGCAGUCCCUGCAGCAAGAGGCAACAAAAAGGCCGAUCUCUCACCGGAGAUGGGUAUGAUUUUUAAUGAGCAAGACCAGGAGGUUCGAGACAUGGGCUAUCACAAGCACGCUUUCAACGUACUCAUCAGCAAUCGACUGGGCUUCCACCGAGACCUCCCCGACACUAGGGACGACAGGUGCCGAGAUGGGAUCUAUCCUCUGUCCCUCCCCACGGCCAGCGUAGUGAUCUGCUUCUUCAACGAGGCGUUCUCCGCCCUCCUGCGCACCGUGCACAGCGUUCUAGAUCGCACGCCUGCCUACCUGUUGCAUGAGAUUAUACUGGUGGAUGAUAGCAGUGAACUAGCUGACCUGAAGGGAGACCUGGACAUCUAUGUCCAGCUCAACCUCCAGGGCAAGGUCAAGGUGGUCCGCAACGAGAAGAGAGAAGGACUGAUCCGAGGGAGGAUGAUAGGGGCCUCUCAUGCCACAGGGGAGGUGCUGGUGUUCCUCGACAGCCACUGCGAGGUAAAUGAGGCGUGGCUGCGGCCCCUGCUAGCACCCAUCCAGCGGGACCGCAAGUCGGUAGUGUGUCCCGUCAUCGACAUAAUUAGCGCUGACACACUGGCCUACAGCCCCUCCCCCAUCGUCCGGGGGGGCUUCAACUGGGGGCUGCACUUCAAGUGGGACCCUGUGCCCGCCUCAGAGCUCAACGGCCCCGAAGGAGCACUGGGCGCCAUCAGGUCCCCCACCAUGGCCGGUGGUCUGUUUGCCAUGGACAGGAAGUACUUUAACGAGCUGGGCCAAUACGACAGCGGCAUGGACAUCUGGGGAGGCGAGAACCUCGAGAUCUCCUUCCGGAUCUGGAUGUGUGGCGGCCAGCUCCUGAUCAUUCCCUGUUCGCGGGUUGGUCAUAUAUUUCGUAAACGGCGGCCCUACGGGUCACCCGGAGGUCAGGACACCAUGGCCCACAACUCCCUGCGCCUGGCCCACGUAUGGAUGGAUGAAUACAAGGAGCAGUACUUCAACCUGAGGCCGGAGCUCCGGGAACGCGCCUACGAUGACAUCAGCGAGCGGCAGGCGGUGCGCCAACGGCUGCAGUGCCACUCUUUCAAGUGGUACCUGGACACCAUCUACCCCGAGAUGCAGGUGGGCUCAACCCACAACAAGCCUCAGCAGCCUGUGUUCGUCAACAAAGGUCUCCGCCGGCCCAAAGUUCUGGAAAGAGGGCGGCUGCGGAACCUGCAGGCUGACAAGUGUCUGGUGGCUCAGGGGAGGCCAAGCCAGAAGGGUGGUGCUGUGGUGCUGAGGGCCUGUGACACACACAACCUAGAACAGGAGUGGGCCUAUGAUGAGGAGCAGGAGUUGAUCCUGACUGGCCUGCUGUGUCUGGACAUGUCCGAAAUCCGCUCGUCUGACCCGCCCCGUCUCAUGAAGUGUCACGGCUCAGGAGGCUCCCAGCAGUGGACCCUGGGGAAGAGCAACCGGCUAUAUCAAGUCUCAGUGGGCCAAUGCCUGGCCGUGGUCGACACAAUCAGCCCCAAGGGAUACGUUGCCAUGGCGAUCUGUGAUGGCUCUCAGUCCCAGCAGUGGCAGUUGGAGGGCUGAUACGCCGCGACUAGUAACGUUCCAGACAUUGACUGCCCCCCUCUGGAUGGAGGGGGGAAUACUGCACGCUGCUGCUGUGACAAGGAAAGGGGGAUGGAACUAAUUAUACGGACUGUGUUCUUGGAGAAUGAAUGCUGUUUGUCUUCAGAACUGGUUCCAGCCUCCCUGAAGUGCACAGAGUGAGUACACUGUAGUCUCAACCGCAUUUGUAUGACUUCCCCUCUUGGAAAUUAGUACUCCAUUUUUUUCCCCUGAGAACAAUUCCUUGUCAUGUGUUAGAAUGUGUCAUGCAAGUGAUUUAAAAAAGAAAAAGAAAGUACAAUCAUGUUUAAAUGAAUUUUAUCCAAUUUGCACAGCAGUCUUGCAUUAGACAAUUAAUAUUGUGUAAGUCCCAAAAAGGUGUUAACUAAGAACUUUGGACUACCGGUAUUAGGACCCUGGUUUUAGUGUAAUUUUAUUCUGUACUUAUUACAAUCUGUUAUUAAAGUGGAAUUGGCAGCGUUUUAACUACUUUUCAGAUAUGAAACAGACAACUUCAUAAAGGUUUAUGACUGAAAAUUCCAUGACGUACAGUAAGCCAUUGUUGGCAGAAUAGCUGGAUGCAGUUCAAUAUAAUUCACCAAUACCAGAAAUAUUGCUAUCAGAUUGUAAAUCACAGCUGGCCUGCUACACUAUAGUUUGCUGCAAAAAUAACUAAGGCUGGGAAUGUCAAUACAAUCAAACUAGCAAUGAUCAGAAGUCAGUCAUAACGUGGCUAAUAGGCUAGAGUAUCUAUUUAUUUAGCAAGCUAAAAACACAGAGCCUAACAUUGGGAAGAUGUCAUGCCAUUGGAGGAGUGGGUGAGUGACCCAUUGUUGCCAUGUUUGCAGUUUUACCGCCACUUUGAAAACGAUGUUGUGGGUUUUUGGGCUAAGUUGCACUGUGGCUGCCAUGGCUUUUCUCUUUAAAAAAUAUUUUUUCCUGAGACCUGCUGCUGACGGUCAGGCAGUGAGGCAGGCUGUUGCUGAGUGAGUGGUAGGGAGGACCAGAGGAGUGUGUGUGUUGAGAGCACUAGAGUUAUUGGCUGAGUCACAUGAGCAAGAGGAGAGCGAGCAGCACGUGCGCUCGUUGUGGCAACUUUUUACCAGUUGUAGGUAGGCUAUGGAAACACCUUUUUUCCAUAAAACAUUAAUGCGCUAGAACUGAUGCAAAUCAAGAAAUAAUGCACACAAAGCACUGGAAAAAGACUGGGCGCACUACAUAUAUUCGCUCCGAGGUGGUUUAAACUGCAUUCCAAUGUUGACUGCUUAAAGACAACGGUAUCAAGUGAAGUGCUUUAUGCAUGCUCAGUUCUUGGGUCUCAGGGGCUGCCCGGGUGGAAAUUUGAAAUGGAAGUUAUGGAACGCCCUCACGUGGUUAUUUUUACGGGGGAAAGUUCUCAAUGAAACUGACAAGCUAAAUGUAGAGAAUUAUACAUUUGCUUCUGUUGGAGUGCCUGGACACAGCCGUGGUAUAUUGGCCAUAUAUCACAAACUCCAGAGGAGCCUUAUUGCUAUUAUAAACUGGUUACCAACGUAAUUAGAACAGUAAAAAUAAAUGUUAUGUCAUACCCGUGGUAUUCAGUCUGAUAUACCAUGGAUUUCAGCCAAUCAGAAUUCAGGGCUCAAACCACCCAGUUUAUAAUUACAAUUAGAAACCUGGUUUGAGCCCUGAAAGCCGUGGUAUAUCAGACCAUAUACCACGGGUAAGACAAAAUAUUGGUGGUUAUAUAGCGGCUAACGGCUCUGCGUUGCAUAAGAACAGCCCGUGGCCAUAUACCAAACCCCCUUGUGCGUUAUUGCUUAAUCCCAGCUGUCAAACGAGUUAAAUCGACAUCCAUUGAUCAAUUCUGGCGAGUUCUUUUCUCUUGCCACAUUAAAAUUUUGUUCUAACGUCAUUAUGAUAUUCCUUAAUUGGCUCAAUAACAAUAUGGGGAAAUGUUUUUUUGUAUAGAUAUGGCAACUCCUCUUGCUGAAAAAAAUGUAAUUGCUACUCUUCAGGCCUUUUGAGUGGUCAUUGGGCUAGAAUUUUUUUUGUGACUUUUCCCCCCCGCAUCGUUUUUUUGUGGUUAGGGAUGCAGGUGUCAUUUGGUAAGCAAGCAUGAAAUGUGAAUCGCUUUGCGAGUUAGCUAGGCUGAGCUUGAACGGCUCCAGUUAGCAUAUCUCUUGCGUUCGUAAACUCGCUCUGGCUAUCUACUCCAAUUUCAGAGCACUCUUGUCUGAGUGUGCCAUAGCGCAGAAUAACUGAGGAAUUUAUGAACGAGCAGUCAGUAACAAAAAAAGAAGUCAGCAACACUUUAGAUAACAUAAACAGCAUAACCAGCUCUGCUAGGGUGAGUAAAUGGUCAGAGUGGUGUCUGGAAGUAGCAAGUUAGCCAACUUUAGCCAGUUAGCUUGGGUGCCGUUGUGAGGUCAGAAGCCUCGGAUCAACCCUACUCCUCGGCCGGAGUGCCCAAAACACCCAGAUCGCACUCGAGUGAAUUUACAAACACACCCCUUGUUGAUGUGCAUAACUGAGUGAGAGCCUACCUUUUCAUUAUUGUUUGAUCAAUAGGACCGUGAAGUUCCCAAAUGUAAGAGGACUCCCGUGGUAUUUUAGUGCCGUCGGAAAGUAUUCAGACACCUUGACUUCUUCCACAUUCUGUUACAUUACAGCCUUAAUCUAAUCCUCAGCAAUCUACACAACCUACCCCAUAACGACAAAGCGAAAACGAGUUGACAUUUUUGCAAAAGUAUUCAGACCCUUCGCUAUGAGACUCGAAAUUGAGCAAUUAAAUUGAUUGGACAUGAUUUGGAAAGGCACACACCUGUCUAUAUAAGGUCCCACAGAUGACCGUGCAUGUCGGAAUAAAAACCAAGCCAUGAGGUCGAAGGAAUUGUACGUAGAGCUCCAAGACAGGACUGUGUCAAUGCACAGAUCUGGGGAAGGGUACCCAAAAAUGUCUGCAGCAUUGAAGGACCCCAAGAACACAGUGGCCUCCAUUAUUCUUAAAUGGAACAAGUUUGAAACCACCAAUACUCUUCCUAGAGCUGGCCGCCCGGCCAAACGGGCGGGCAGCCAAGUCUCUUGCCUUGGUUUAAGUUACAUUUUUAUAGGGACAUUGCACAUUAAUCAACGUUUCAGUAAAAGUGCCGGCUUUAGCCAGCCGGCUAAUUUUCAACCGCAGUCCCUGGGCAGGUUAUUAAAACAAUUACAAUACAGACAAUCGAUGAGCAGUGAGCACACGCAGAACAACAUAGGACAAGCAAGGGAGGUGACCAAGAACCCGAUGGUCACUCUGUGGAGCUGGGAGAACCUUCCAGGAGGACAACCAUCUCUGCAGCACUCUACUAAUCAGGUCUUUAUGGUAGUGACCAGACGGAAGCCACUCCUCAGCCCGUUUGGAGUUUGCCAAAAGGCACCUAAAGAAUUUCAGAACAUGAGAAACAAGAUUCUCUGGUCUGAUGAAACCACGAUUGAACUCUUUGGCCUGAAUGCCAAGCGUCACAUCUGUAGGAAAGCUGGCAGCAUCAUGCUGUGGGGAUGUUUUUCAGCGGCAGGGACUGGGAGACUAGUCAGGAUCGAGGCAAAGAUGAACGGAGCAAAGUACAGAAAGAUCCUUGAUGAAAACCUGCUCCAGAGCACUCAGGACCUCAGACUGGGGUGAAGGUUCACCUUCCAACAGGACAACGACCCUAAGCACACAGACAAGACAACGCAGGAGUGGCUUCGGGACAAGUCUCAAAGCCUUGAACCCAAACAAACAUCUCUGGAGAGACUUGAAAAUAGCUGUUCUGAGAGGAUUUAGAGGAUCGGGAGAAACUCCACAAAUGCAGGCAUGCCAAGCUUGUAGCGUCAUACCCAAGAAGACUCAGCUGUAAUUGCUGCUUUAACAAAGUUAAGGGUCUGAAUACUUAUGUAAAUGUGAUACAUUUUAGAAUAAGGCUGUAACGUAACAAGGUGGAAAAAGUCAAGGGGUCUGAAUACUUUCCGAAGGCACUGUACAUAUUUGCAGAAAUCGAUUCAAGUGUAUUUUAUGGCGUUUGGCAAAUGCAUUCUAAAGUCACGCUGUUGCUACUGCCUGUAAACACAGACCGGUCUGCGGAGACUCAGGUCCGGGACAAGACAGAUUAGGUUUUAUUUACUCUAGUGUCUAACUCUCUAAAAGCACAGCUGUUUCCCACUCUGUAUUGCUAUAGAAUUUUCACAAAUGCCUUACUAUACGUCAUUCCAUGAAUACGUGAAAAUGUAAAACAAAAAAAUCUUCCUGGGGGUGUAUACGAACAGAUUGUUACAAUGCUGUCAGUUCCACUUGAAUUACUAUGACAUACAGUAUUUAAUUUUAUUUAGUGAAAUUUUCUAUUGUACAAAUAUUUAUCACUGGAAUUUUGUUUGAAGUUAUGUUAUUUGUCAUACCCUUGAAUUGUGCACGGCAACUUCUUUGAAACUUGAUAGGCUAGACCAGGGCUUUCCAACCUUGGUCCUGGAUAGCUACCAUCCUGUAGGUGAUUCCGCUCUUCAACCAGCUAAUUAUUAGAAUCAGGUGUGCAAGAUUAGGGUUGGAGAGCCUUGGGCUACACUGCAUUAGCUGUACUUUAUACUACAUCAGGUUUAUUGACCAAGAGAUCAACAUUGCGUGCAGUCUAUGGAAAUCAUGUUGAAUAGGGUAAGUGGAAAUGCAGUGAUAGUCUUCAAUUUCCCAAAGUAUAUAGCAGUCUUGGAUCAUACUAGCCAUCUGUUCUAGUGAGCUAUGAUUUUUUCCCCCCCUUAUCCAAAUGUACGCUGUGCAGUUGAGUAAUUCUCUUGCAAAUGAGACAACCAAAUAAAUGUUAAUUGAAGUAUGAACAUGCCUUGUCUAAUUUGCAAUUGAUUGACAUUAAAGUUUGGUCCAUUUCCUCCCAAAGUAGAGAAGUGGCAAAUUUCAGAUGUAAAAUAUUUUAUUUUUUGUAAAUUAUCUGAUUCCACAACCCAUCACUCUGUAUACUUUAAAAAACCUUCCAUUUUUUUCUUCUUACAUUAGAUACUACUAUACAGGACAAAGAAAAGACACAUACUGUAAGAGAUCUGAAUAUUGUACGAGGGAAAAGUAUGUACAAUUUGAAAACAUACAUGCCAUGUACACAAAUGAACUUCAUUUCAAACUGGUCAGAAAAAUGCAAGUACCAGAUUGACUUUUGUGAUUGAGUCAAGAAGUAAAUCAUAUAUUUUUUUUUUCUCAACUAGCCAGCACGUUUCUUAUUCAAAAGAAAUGUAAACACAUUUUGUCAAAAGCAUAAUGGAGUCCCCUGCAACUGAAAGACAUUUUUUAAACAUGUGUCUGUUAAUUAACUGCAUGAGGUAAAUCAGACUACUGUGCGUAUGAUACAGUUAAAGAAGCUAACCGAUGGUGUGGGUGGUUUCCAACCUAAAUUCACAGUUCUCUAAUUCUACGUUCAAAUCUGAUAAACUAAGGGUUAGGAUGUAACAGUCUCUGAUUGGUGCUCUGUGCAAUUCUUAGAUUGCGCGUGACAAUGCAACUACAUUCUAAAUAAAACAAAAAUACUCUGGA